UGAAUUUGAUGGAAAGGCUUGUGCAGCUGUUGGGCAGAGCAGUCUCAUGGCUAUUUAUGAUACCAUGUUCAGCCAGCUUGAUGUGACCUCUUCUCAACUUCUCGUGACUGAUAAUGUUUUUAAGAAUGAAGCUUUCAGAAAGCAACUUUCUGAUACAGUGAACUCAUUAUUGAAUUUGAGGGUUAUUCCUGUUUUCAACGAGAAUGAUGCAGUUAGCACUAGGAAAGCACCAUACCAGGAUUCUUCUGGUAUAUUUUGGGACAAUGACAGUUUGGCAGGUAUAUUGGCUUCAGAACUGAAAGCUGACCUUCUUGUUAUGUUGAGUGAUGUCGAGGGCCUUUAUAGUGGUCCCCCGAGUGACCCAAAAUCAAAGCUAAUCCAUACAUAUAUAAAGAAGAAACAUCAAGGGGAGAUAACAUUUGGAGACAAGUCCAGGUUGGGAAGAGGAGGUAUGACUGCUAAAGUUGAAGCUGCUGUCUGUGCAGCUGAGGCUGGCAUCCCUGUUGUUAUUACAAGUGGUUAUGCCACAGACAACAUCAUAAAAGUACUUCAAGGAGAGCAUCUUGGUACUCUUUUUCAUAAAGAUGCACAUUUAUGGACUCAAGUUAGAGAGAUUGGCGCGCGUGAGAUGGCGGUUGCAUCACGGGAAAGUUCUAGACGGCUUCAGGCCUUACAAACUCAAGAAAGGAAGAAAAUAUUGCUGGACAUAGCUGAUGCAUUGGAGGCAAAUGAAAGUUUGAUUAUGGUUGAGAAUGAAGCUGAUGUUGCAGCUGCACAGGAGGGAGGAUAUGAGAAGUCACUAAUAUCUCGUUUAGCGCUGAAACCUGGGAAGGUCUCUAGUCUUGCACAAUCAGUUCGCAAAAUCGCAGAGAUGGAAGAACCCAUUGCGCGUGUUUUAAGUAGAGUAGAGAUUUCAGACGGGCUUGUCUUAGAGAAAACAUCUAGUCCUAUGGGUGUUCUCCUGGUUGUUUUUGAGUCUCGACCUGAUGCUCUAGUACAGAUAGCUUCAUUAGCCAUUAAAAGUGGGAAUGGUCUACUGCUUAAAGGAGGAAAAGAAGCCAAGCUCUCAAAUGUGACACUGCACAAGGUCAUUACUUCAGCAAUUCCGGAUAGUGUUGGUGAGAAACUUAUUGGGCUUGUGACAUCAAGAGAGGAGAUUCCUGAUCUUCUCAAGCUGGACGAUGUGAUAGAUCUUGUAAUCCCAAGAGGCAGCAAUAAGCUUGUUUCUGAAAUUAGGAGUUUGACAAAAAUUCCUGUUCUUGGUCAUGCUGAUGGCGUUUGUCAUAUUUAUGUUGACAAGUUGGCUAAUAUGGAUAUGGCAAAACGCAUUAUUCAUGAUGCAAAGAUAGAUUAUCCCGCAGCCUGUAAUGCAAUGGAAACACUCCUUGUACACAAAGAUGUAGUACAGAACGGUGGGCUCAAUGAACUUAUUAUGGAACUCCAAUCUGAAGAUGUUAGUCUAAUUGGUGGACCAAGAGCUAGCACUUUCUUAAAUAUUUCUGAGGCAAGUUCGUUGCAUCAUGAGUACAGCUCAAUGGCUUGCACAAUUGAAAUAGUAGAUGAUGUGUAUGCUGCCAUUGAACACAUACAUCAACACGGAAGUGCUCAUACUGAGUGCAUCGUCACAGAAGAUACUGAAGCUGCUGAAACUUUCCUAAACCAAGUUGACAGCGCUGCAGUAUUCCAUAAUGCAAGUACACGAUUCUGUGAUGGAGCACGCUUUGGACUUGGCGCAGAGGUUGGUGUAAGUACGAGCAGGAUUCAUGCUCGAGGUCCCGUGGGGCUAGAAGGACUGUUAACGACACGAUGGCUUUUGAGAGGACAUGGGCAGGUGGUUGACGGCGAUAAAGGGGUUAAUUACACACACAAGAUUCUCCCUCUAUAAUUCUGUUUUGCAGUAACAGAUCAAUCAGAGACUAAUUUGUUGCUGUUUACCUUCUCAUGCCUAGUAUUAGCCUCCUGAGAUCCUACGUAUUAUACUAUGAUGCAA